GGGGCGUGGGUAGAUCGCGGCUCCCAAGCCGGGACUUUGGGCUCGCAGGCAGGAUCCCUUCCAGCCCAAGCACCCCGCCCAGGCGCGCCAGGCAGAGCCCCGCCCCACCCGGCCUUUCCCUUCCGCCCUGGGGCGCGGAUCUUGCGUUUGAAACUAAGCAGCGCAGAGCGCGGAACCUGGCCGGCGGGCCACGUGACAAGCCCGGAGACAGCUCCGCCCACCCGCUUCCUGAGCCGCACAUCCAGUCCUCCCUCCUCCCUUCGCACGUGGUGCCGUCGCUGCUGCCUCCAGCUCGCCCCGAACCCAGUUCCUGCAGCCAUGGCUCCUGGCCAGCUCGCCUUAUUUAGUGUCUCUGACAAAACCGGCCUUGUGGAAUUUGCAAGAAACCUGACCUCUCUUGGUUUGAAUCUGGUCGCUUCCGGAGGGACUGCAAAAGCUCUCAGGGAUGCUGGUCUGGCAGUCAGAGAUGUCUCCGAGUUGACGGGAUUUCCCGAAAUGUUGGGGGGACGUGUGAAAACUUUGCAUCCUGCAGUGCAUGCUGGAAUCCUGGCUCGUAAUAUCCCAGAAGAUAAUGCUGACAUGACCAGACUUGAUUUCAAUCUUAUAAGAGUUGUUGCCUGCAAUCUCUAUCCCUUUGUGAAGACAGUGGCUUCUCCAGGUGUAACUGUUGAGGAGGCUGUGGAGCAAAUUGACAUUGGUGGAGUAACCUUACUGAGAGCUGCAGCCAAAAACCAUGCUCGAGUGACAGUAGUGUGUGAACCAGAGGACUAUGUGGCAGUGUCCACGGAGAUGCAGAGCUCCGAGAGUAAGGACACCUCCUUGGAGACUAGACGCCAGUUAGCUUUGAAGGCAUUCACUCAUACGGCACAAUAUGAUGAAGCAAUUUCAGAUUAUUUCAGGAGACAGUACAGCAAAGGCAUAUCUCAGAUGCCCUUGCGCUAUGGAAUGAACCCUCAUCAGACCCCUGCCCAGCUGUACACACUGAAGCCCAAGCUUCCCAUCACAGUUCUAAAUGGAGCCCCUGGAUUUAUAAACUUGUGCGAUGCUUUGAACGCCUGGCAACUGGUGAAGGAACUCAAGGAGGCGUUAGGUAUUCCAGCCGCUGCCUCUUUCAAACAUGUCAGUCCAGCAGGUGCUGCGGUUGGAAUUCCACUCAGUGAAGAUGAGGCCAAAGUCUGCAUGGUCUAUGAUCUCUAUAAAACCCUCACACCCAUCUCAACGGCAUAUGCAAGAGCAAGAGGGGCUGAUAGGAUGUCUUCAUUUGGUGAUUUUGUUGCACUGUCCGAUGUUUGUGAUGUACCAACUGCAAAAAUUAUUUCCAGAGAAGUAUCUGAUGGUAUAAUUGCCCCAGGAUAUGAAGAAGAAGCUUUGACAAUACUUUCCAAAAAGAAAAAUGGAAAUUACUGUGUCCUUCAGAUGGACCAGUCUUACAAACCAGAUGAAAAUGAAGUUCGAACUCUCUUCGGUCUUCAUUUAAGCCAGAAGAGAAAUAAUGGUGUCGUAGACAAGUCAUUAUUUAGCAAUGUUGUUACCAAGAAUAAAGAUUUGCCAGAGUCAGCCGUCCGAGACCUCAUCGUAGCCACCAUUGCUGUCAAGUACACUCAGUCUAACUCCGUGUGCUACGCCAAGAAUGGGCAGGUUAUCGGCAUUGGAGCAGGACAGCAGUCUCGUAUACACUGCACUCGACUUGCAGGAGAUAAGGCAAACUAUUGGUGGCUUAGACACCAUCCACAAGUGCUUUCGAUGAAGUUUAAAACAGGAGUGAAGAGAGCAGAAAUCUCCAAUGCCAUCGAUCAAUACGUGACUGGAACCAUUGGCGAGGAUGAAGAUUUGAUCAAGUGGAAGGCAUUGUUUGAGGAAGUCCCUGAGUUACUCACUGAGGCAGAGAAGAAGGAAUGGGUUGAGAAACUGACUGAAGUUUCUAUCAGCUCUGAUGCCUUCUUCCCUUUCAGAGAUAAUGUAGACAGAGCUAAAAGGAGUGGUGUGGCGUACAUUGCGGCUCCCGCCGGUUCUGCUGCUGACAAAGUUGUGAUUGAAGCCUGCGACGAACUGGGAAUCAUCCUCGCUCAUACGAACCUUCGGCUCUUCCACCACUGAUUCACACGCUGCUUUUUGGCUUACUUAUGUGUAGGUGAACAGUCACGCCUGAAACUUUAUGAGAAUAACUUUUUAAAAAAAUAAAACAGCACCUCUUAAUCACUGGAUCCAUAGUUUUUGGUAGUUGUGUUUUAUGUUAAAGAUACAGGCUCUUUCAACUGACACAUGACACAUAAAUGAGGAAUUCCAGAGCACCCCCACCUGCCGGAGCUCAGCCCGUCCCACAGCACUGCCUGUGUGAAACAUAAACAUUCACGGGAACCAAACGGACUGAGCAGCCAGAGGACAUGGCACAAGUGUCUUAAAGCUCCAUGUUUCCUCCCAGGGGAGUCUUCUCAUGCUGUUUUUUUUUUUUUAAAUGUAUUUUUUUGAGAUGGAGUCUCGCUCUGUUGCCCAGGCUAGUCAGUGAUGUGAUCUCAGCUCACUGUAACCUCCGCCUCCCAGGUUCAAGUGAUUCUUCCGCCUUAGCCUCCCAAGUAGCUAGGAUUACAGGCAUGUACCGCCAAGCCUGGCUAAUUUUUGUAUUUUUAGUAGAGACAGGUUUCACCAUGUUGGUUAGGCUGGUCUCGAACUCCUGACCUCGUGAUCCACCUGCCUCGGCCUCCCAAAGUGCUGGGAUUACAGGCGUGAGCCACUGCGCCCGGGCCUCAUGCCAUUUAUUUUUAAUCACACUUCUGAGAAGCUUCGUUGUCUACUUUUCAAACACAGCAGAUUGACACCUGUGAACUGGAACCUUAGAGGGGAUUAGUAAGUCUUGCUGACACCCUGUAUGGAUAAUCUAAUGCAUCUUUUUCUUAGUGCUAAGUGAAAUGUUUCCCAGAAUUUCAGCAGCCAUAGAUUCACUCUCUGGAGCUACAUAAAAAUGUCGUCGAUGUUCAGUGCUCAGAAAUUGUACCCAAUAUUCCAGUUACAGGCUUAUCACUGCAGUGGGCACAGUGGGAGGGCAGUGCCUUCCUUCGUCAGGACAGCCCUGUGCAUCUGUGUGUCCUGCCUGUGUGCUUCUGACCAUUCCUGUGCAUUGCACCUGUGUUCAACUAAAACCCUUUGCCAUUGUUCACCUUGACUGAUGAGUCCUACCCUCUUCCCAAGUCUUUAACCUACCCCCCCUUGCUAAAUAAAAAUUUCUGAAGUUUUUUUCUUAA